UCGGCGGGCGCGGGCGGAAGUGAGGAGCUGCGGCGCGGAGGUGGGGCUGCCUCGGUUGUUGUGGGUGGGCAAAACGGCCGACAUGGCGCCGUCCGGGAGUCUCCGGAUCCCGGUGGCAGUGUUGCUGUUGUUGCUUUGGGGAGCUCCCUGGGCCCAUGGGAGGCGGAGCGACGUGCGCAUCAUCACGGACGAGAACUGGAGAGAGUUGCUGGAAGGAGAGUGGAUGAUAGAAUUUUAUGCUCCAUGGUGUCCUGCUUGUCAGAAUCUUCAACCAGAAUGGGAAAGUUUUGCCGAAUGGGGAGAAGAUCUUGAAGUUAAUGUUGCAAAAGUUGAUGUCACAGAGCAGCCAGGACUAAGUGGACGAUUUAUCAUAACUGCUCUUCCUACUAUUUAUCAUUGUAAAGACGGUGAAUUUAGGCGAUAUCAGGGUCCAAGAACUAAGAAGGACUUCAUAAACUUUGUAAGUGACAAAGAGUGGAAAAGUAUUGAACCUGUUUCAUCAUGGUUUGGUCCAGGUUCUAUUUUGAUGAGUAGCAUGUCAGCACUCUUUCGGCUCUCUAUGUGGAUCAGGACUUGCCAUAACUAUUUUAUUGAAGACCUUGGAUUACCGAUUUGGGGAUCAUAUACAGUGUUUGCUUUAGCAACUCUGCUUUCAGGACUAUUAUUAGGACUUUUCAUGAUAUUUGUGGCGGACUUCCUGUGUCCUUCAAAAAGGCGCAGACCCCAGGCAUGCCCUUCCAGAAAAUUACUACCAGAAUCUUCUCAACCUUUGAAAAAAGUGGAGGAAGAACAAGAGGCUGAUGUAGAAGAUGUUUCAGAAGAGGAAUCUGAAAGCAAAGAAGGAACAAACAAAGACUUUGCACAGAAUGCUGUAAGACAACGUUCUGUGGGUCCUUCACUGGCCACAGAUAAAUCCUAGUUAAUUUUUACAAAUAUUUUCAUAUGAUUUUGGCAGAAACAGAAGAUCAAUUAUUUGUUUUGGUUUGAAGUGAACUGUGACUUGCUUGUACAUUGCAAGGUUCAGUCUAGCUUGUCAUUAGGUUGAACAGUCUACCUUCUGAAAAUAAAAGUAGCACUGUGAAAAAAUAGGAUUUGAAAACAAUAUGGUGGUUCAAACAGUUCUUUCAUUUUUGGAAAAUCUGGUGCCAAGCAAUAAGAUUUCUGUAUGUUUGUUUCAUAAUAACUUUCAAGUCUGUGUUGAAAAUUACAUUUCCCAAGUAUUGCAUUAUUGAGGUAUUUAAGGAGAUUACUUUAGAGAAGAAGAUUUCUCAUUUGAUAUAAUUUUUCUCAGUUUCACUGUGUGAAGAGAACAUAUUUCCCAUUAAUGGGAACUUUGCCCAUUGUCUCAAGAAAUGUGUAUUUCAGUAACAACUCUGAAACCCUUUAUCUCCUUUAAAGUCCAAAAUUUAUUCAUAUUUUUAGAUUAUGCGACUAAUAAAAACUACCUUACUUUAAUUAUAGUUUUCUACCCAUGAUAAUACAGGAUAUGUUUAGAAAGUUUAUAAAGGUUGGUUGCCUUUUUUGUUCUCCUGUGUUCAGUAUAUGAUUUGUAUUUUUCUUACCAUGGGUUACAUUUUUUAUUUUCCAAAUUGGAUAAUUUCCUGGAAAUAUCUUUCAUGUUUUAAUAAAUUGUUUCAAACUGAAGUUUACCGAAGAAUACUUAAAGUGAAAAGCCAUCUGAUAACUUAAAAUCUUGGCUGCCUGUUUCAGAUUUUACAUCAUUCUUGUUGAACCUGUACUUGAACUUCUUUGUUUGGAUGUGAAGGUGAACAUUCCUGAUUUUUAUUUGAUUUUGUGGAAAAGCCUUGGUAUUUCUAUUUUGAAAAUUCACAGAAGCUUAAUAUGAUAUGAAGUUAGCAUUCUACUCAGGAAAAAGCAUCUUAUAGUGUGUGUUUUCAAUGUAUAUUUGUCCUCAUCCAAAAAGUUCUUAGUUGAUUGUACAAAGUCAACGUAUGUUUGAUGAUUUAAACUCAUAAAGUUUUAUGUUUUUGAAAAGACAAACUGUAUUCUCUACUUUCUAUUGUGGUAUUUCACAGAUAGGUAUCAGCAAGAUGAGACAUUUAAUGUAUUUUUACUCCUUAAAGAGAGUAGUUUUCACCUUACAGCAAAAGAGGAAGUGGGCAGAGUUGUGGGGUAGCAGUAUAGAAAUGUAUUAGCUGCAAUGAAAGGAAAAACCGUAGAUACUCUGAAUGGAUCACCUCUCUGUUAUGGUAAUAGUUUCUAUAAUGUCCCCUUUAAAGGCCUUUCCUUUAGAAUAUUAAAUAUUCUACCACUGAAGAGUUUGGAUGUGUAAUAAUUUUGUGAUGCUUUAGAAAAAUCUAAGCACAAAAUAAACUUUUCUAAGUGCUUCACUGAAGCUGAA